GCUCCCUCGUUCCUUGAUCGAUUCACAGCCGAGUAGAAGAGAUUACAGAUUAGAAAUGCUCCAAGGAUUCAUCAAUGGAAGGGGAGGAGGCUAACCUUCAGGCGGCCCCACCACCAGCAGUGCCACCAACUCCGCCGUUGUCAACCAAUUCCAAUUUCCUCCGAAAUUCUAUAAAUCUUGAAUUCACUUCCACUUCAACGACGUCGACUUCCUCAUCGUCUUCUUCGUUGUCCAAUGACGCUUUCUUCCGGAACGUUCAAGCCGUGUUCAAGCGCCACCGCCCUCUCAGUAUGAUGCCCUCAAACAAUAUACAACCAAGGAGGAUGUUGGUUCCGCAGCGCGGAGCUCCAAAAAGUUCCAGUAUAACUACAGGAUCUACAUUUGACAUAAAGAAGAUCGAAGAUGAAGGCUUAUUAAGUCAAAGAUUAAGGGAUUGCGUAUCGCGGUCAAAAGAUAUGGUUUCUGUUGUCAGUGAAACUCCAGAGUGUGCAUCGAUAAAUGCACCUUCAGAGUGGGGUUCUACUGUAAAUACUCAUGAUGAAAGUUAUAAAAAGUUCGAUGGUAAAUCUAAGCAAGCCAGAUCCCAUGCUGGUCACAAAACUAAUGAUACAGUUGCCUCUGUCAUGGAAAGUGAGCAUGUUCCUUUAGUUGACGGGACAAAAAGGGUCCAUUUUGCCACACAAACUGAUUCCAGGUUCCAGGAAAUGGAAUGGGAUGGAAGUAACCAAACAGAGGCUCCCACAGCCCUCAGUCAUCGAUUGCAGCAUCAGAUUAUUCAAAGUGAAAAAGUCGAUCCUGAGGGCCGGAUUUCCUCUUCGCUGGCUAGAAACUUAGGAGUUACUGAUCAGCUUCAUCAAUUUGGAAACUUCAUACAGAAUGAUACAAGUCAGCCAAUGACCCAAUCUUCAGUUGUCGGGAUGUCCUGCGCUACCACAACACUGAUCAACCCUGGUUCUGCUCCCAAUCUUAAUUCAACUACCUAUUGUUCUCAAACUCAUCAAACAAGCAGGUCUAAAUUAGGUUUAGAGAGCGCGGGUGACAUAGAAAUUAAAUUUCAACCUGUACAACCUGAAUUACUGCCCUCGGAUCCUCCAUCUAAGUGUAAUAGUACAGUGUUAAGUCACCAGGCUGCUACUGCAGCCCAUGUGUCCAUUGGUACUCCUGAAGCCAAUCUGGAAGCUAAGAACCGUAUUAUGCCCAACGAGAAAGAGUGCAUUGUCCCAAAGGAGAGUGAUAAUUCUCGAAAUCCUCGAACUCUUGGUGGCACCUCUGCUGCAGAGGAUCAUAUAGCUGUGCAUCCUGAGCCCCCCUCCUCAAAAGUUCAGGCAUUAGAUGUGAAGUUAGAACCUGACAAAUCAGGAAAACCAGAAAAAGUUGGAGGUGGUAAAGCAACAUCAGUGUCACGAAAAAAGAGCUAUGAUGUGGACUUGUUUUUCAAAGUUAAUGGGAAGCUUUAUCAAAGGCUUGGCAAGAUAGGUAGUGGAGGUAGCAGUGAAGUUCACAAGGUCAUUUCAUCAGAUUGCACCAUUUAUGCCCUGAAAAAGAUUAAGCUUAAAGGUCGUGACUAUGGUACUGCAUAUGGAUUUUGUCAGGAAAUUGAAUAUCUCAACAAAUUGAAGGGAAAGAAGAACAUCAUUCAGCUUGUUGACUAUGAGGUGACAGAUAAAGCAUUACUCAAAGAAGUUACUAGUGGUACAAUGAGUAACAAAGAUGGCAGAGUAAAGGAAGAUGGUUAUAUAUAUAUGGUUCUUGAAUAUGGUGAAAUUGAUUUGGCUCACAUGCUUUCCCAGAAGUGGAAAGAGCUGGACAGCUCUAGUUCAACCAUAGAUGAGAACUGGCUUCGAUUUUACUGGCAGCAAAUACUUUUGGCUGUCAACACUAUACAUGAGGAGCGAAUUGUGCACUCAGACUUGAAGCCAGCUAAUUUUCUUCUCGUUAGUGGUUCUCUUAAAUUGAUUGAUUUUGGCAUAGCAAAAGCCAUUAUGAGUGACACAACCAACAUUCAACGGGAUUCGCAGGUUGGUACUCUUAGUUACAUGUCUCCAGAGGCCUUUAUGUGCAAUGAGACGGAUGCAAACGGGAACACCAUUAAAUGUGGUCGCCCAUCUGAUAUCUGGUCUCUUGGGUGCAUCCUUUACCAAAUGGUUUAUGGAAGAACACCUUUUUCUGAAUACAAAACAUUUUGGGCAAAGUUCAAAGUUAUAACAGAUCCAAACCAUGAAAUUGUAUAUGAACCAGUUCAAAAUCCUUGGCUUUUGGAUAUUAUGAAAAAAUGCCUUGCCUGGGACCGGAAUCAAAGAUGGAGAAUUCCUCAAUUGCUUCAACACCCUUUUCUAGUUCCCCCCGUCCCACCUCAAGUAUCAGCACCUAUGGACCAGAGCUGUAAAUUGCUUCAGCUAAUUGGCAAGUCGUGCCAAAAUGAUCCUAAAUCAUUCAUGCUGUUUUCUCAACUUCAACAAUUGCUAAAGGAUCCUAGACCAUCCGCAACAUCAGAGUCAUCAAUAUCGCAUGACGAAAUGCACAAGUUGCUCUCUGGCGUGUCAAACCUUUGUUUGCAGCUUCAGAGACAGUUGGCAAACUUUGAAGAGAUACAACUCUGAUGUUUGAGAUUUAAUAUCAUAAAUUUGGAGGCAAAUUUUGCAGAUAAUCAGUGAAAUCAACAUAGGCUGUAACGUUUUGUAACCUGCUUGUUAACUUAUGUUGUAGAAAGGAAGUGGCUGGUUCAUUCAUCUCAUGUCCUUGAAGGUUCCAGUAAUUUCUUGGGGCCUUAUAUGCAGGUUUCUUCAUGCGAUCCGUAUGGGAAACUUUUGUGUACUGUUUGUAUUUUGAGAUGUAUAGUUCAAUUUCCUCCCACUAGUAAGAGUGGU